CUCGCACCUCUCCACACCACUGACACCGCCGAGGGGCCACAGCCGCAACCAGAGACGCAGCACCUGGCAGCGGCAAGAGGAGUGGCGAGCGAGGCACACAUAAAGCGCGCUGCGAGGGGCACGGGCUGUCGCACGCACCCCCAUCCUCCAGCCCCCUCUUCGACGAUGCGCUUCUCCGGCGUCCUGCCCCUGCUGCCUGCGCUGCUCGCCGCCGCUCCUGCCCACGCGCAGUCGGGCUCGAGCAUCAGCGUCAGUGUCUUCGGUGCCCUCUCCUCGGCAGCGGCCACCGCCACAGGCAGCGUCGCCUCGUCUGCUGCCUCGACGGCCUCGUCGACGAGCAGCGCAGCGCCGCAGCAGACGCCCGGCUUCGUCAACAACGGCACUGUCGGCAUGUACCCGUGCGCCGGCGGCAACCCGGACAGCGUCAACACGCCGCUCUCGAACCGCACCGAUGCCGCCAUGCCGGCCGACAGCUCGAGCACUGCCGCUGCCAGCUCGUCCGACGCCUCUUCGGCCUUGGGACAGAUGACUCUCAACUCGACGUCGAGCUCGUCGCGCCUCUAUGCGCUCGGCAUCGACUACGGCAGCUGUCCCGAGGCACAGGCGCCGGCCUAUCCGACGCAGCCCAUCCACCUGCGUGCGCCCGACGACAGCGUGCGCGCCACCUUCUCGCCCUACGGCGCCGGCGUCACCGAGCUCUGGGUCAAGGACCGCUCGGGCAAGUUCCGCGACGUUGUGCUCGGCUUCGACAACAUCACCAACUACCUCACCGACCCGCUACACCCCAACUUCGGCCCCAUUGUCGGCCGCUACGCCAACCGCAUCCAGAACGGCACGUACGAGAUCGACGGCACGACGUACCAUGCGCCGCUCAACGAGAACAACGUCUCGACGCUGCACGGCGGCACCGUCGGCUACGACCGCUCGCCGUUCGAGAUCGUCUCGCUCAACGCCUCGGCCGUCACGUUUGCGCUGACGGAUCCCGACGGCAACCAGGGCUUCCCGGGCACGGUGCGCAGCCACGUCUCGUACGCGCUGCGUGCUGGCGGCGUGUGGAGCAUCGCCAUGAACGCCACGGUGACCGAGAAGAAGUCGCCCAUCAUGCUCUCGUCGCAUGCCUACUGGAACCUCGACGGCUACAAGCGCGAGGACAACGAGACGACGAUCCUCGACCACGUGCUGCACCUGCCGCAGGCCGACAAGUACAUCGAGACCGACUCGCUCCUCAUUCCCCGUGGCCCGGUUCCCGACGUCGACGGCACGCCGUUCGACUUCCGAGAGGCGCGGCCGCUGUCGGAGAGGUUCAAUCAGACGGAAGGCAUCUGCGGUCCCGAGUGUUUCGGCUGGGACAGCUGCUGGGUGCAGUCUUCGCCCGACCUCGCACAGCCGGCCAUCGAGAUGUACAGUCCGCAGUCGGGCAUCAAGGUUUCGGUCGUGAGCGACCAGCCGGCGAUCCAAGUCUACACGUGCUCGGGCAUCUCGGGCGCCAAGGGCUCGCUGCCUCGCAAGCGCAGCCAGGGCGGCGACGGCACGCUGGCGCAGAUCUACGAGAACCACUCGUGCAUCGUGCUCGAGAUGGAGGAGUGGAUCGACGGCAUCAACCACCCCGAGUGGAACCGCACGCAGAUCUACGCGCCCGAGGGCCAGCCGUACAUCUGGAAUGCCGACUACACCUUCUCGCAGGUCGACGAGUCCGGCAACGCCGUCUCGAGCAACGCGACCUCGACGCAGUCGAGCUCUGCUUCCGCUGCGGCCUCUGCCACCUCGAGCGUCGGCGCGGCAGCCUCGACGUCGUCCACAUGAGCUCUGCAGAGAAUCUCCUUCUCCCACCCUCGCCGCGUGGUUCGUCAGCUGCUCUGUUUCCGGCGCAAUGUGUGAUGAUGUAUUAGCAGUUCCUUGACUAGUGGCGACCGAAUGAGAGAGGCG